GUUGACUUGAGCAUCCCAACGGUGAAGAACCGAAGAUCGAGCGCUCGCCGUCCCAAAGGACGCCGAACCGCGCCGUCCUCGCUGCCAAAUCAUCUGUCGUCUCGUUGGCCUGCCACGCGCCCGCCACCGAAAACACCGGCGAGCCCAACCGAGCCCCCCUAGCGCCGCCGCGCCUCUGUUUGCGACCCGUGCGGCGUGCCCGUGCUCCGCUGCGAUAUCAAUCGCAUGGCCUGCGCCGGCGCCUCGCGGAAGGUCUCGGCGGUGCUCUACCACUACCCGUGCCCGGACGGCGCGUUCGCCGCGCUCGCCGCCCACCUCUACUUCUCCGCCGCCGCCCGCCCCGUCCGCUUCUUCCCCAACACCGUCUACGACCCCAUCAGGAGCGAUUCACUUCCUGUGGAUGAAAUAGAAGAUGUUUACCUCCUUGACUUCGUGGGACCUCCUGGUUUUGUUGAAGAUAUAGCCCCUAAGGUUGAAAGAGUAACAAUUCUAGACCAUCAUAAGACUGCUUUUGAGAGUUUGUGUGGGAAUCCCACACUUGGGCAAAAUGUGACCAAGGUGAUAGACAUGCAGCGUAGUGGAGCGACAAUUGCAUUUGACUUCUUUAAAAACAAGCUCUUGACAGAAGCUAGCAUCUCAGGGGGCAGUGGAAGUGGUAAAGAUGUAGCUGAGAUCAAAUAUGUACCUGACAACAAGGUUGAAACAGUGCACAAACUUUUCAAGUUUAUUGAAGAUGGGGAUUUGUGGAGAUGGAAAAUUCCAAAUAGCAAGGCCUUCAGCAGUGGACUCAAAGAUUUGGAUAUUGAAUUCAACGUCAAUGCAAACAGUAAAUUGUUUGAUCAGUUGCUGGAGUUGGAUCCCGAGCAUGUCAUUUCCCGCGGACACGUGACAUUGUUAGAGAAGCAAAGAUUAAUAGACGAUUGCCUGGGGAAGUCCUAUGAAAUUUCACUGGGAUGUGGCCGGUUUGGUAAUUGUCUGGCUGUUGAUGCUGAUGCUAUUUCAAACUUGAGAAGCGAACUUGGACAUCAGUUAGCUAGCAAAAGCUGUAAUUUGAAUCUGAGAGGUAUUGGGGCUGUUGUAUACAAAGUUCCUGAGUUGAAUAAUGACCGGAUGCUGAAAAUAAGCCUAAGAAGUUUAGAACAAGAAGACACCACUUUAAUCUCUCAGGAAUAUGGUGGUGGGGGACAUCGGAAUGCAAGCUCAUUUAUGUUGAGCAUUACUGAGUUUGACCAGUGGAAGGUUGGAGCUGAACCUUCUCAAUAAAAGGUGCCUAACCAUCUGGCUUUGUUCAUUUUUCUCUACUUCUAUUUAUCAAGAAGCUUCAUAGAGAAGGACACAACAUGCGGAGAAACUUAUGCAGCUUGUUAAGACGCUGUAGUGUGGGGCUGUGGGCACUUGCUUUACAAAGUUUGGAACCAUCAGCAAGAGCGAGUUACUUAGACGCUAGCUUAGAUUCUGAAUAGGGCUAAGGUCAUAAGGGCGCUAGCAUGUACCAAGUUUUUUUAAGUCAUCAAACGCUAGAAUGUACCAAGCUUUUUUUAAGUCAUCAAAUACAUUGCAUCAUACGAUUGGCAACUAUAAGCAGUUACAUGCGUCUUGUUACAUGAUUUGCUAUCAUGUAUGAGCAUAUGGUCAUUAUAUCUGUUGUGCCAUUA